CUGGAUGCAAGAAUGUAAUACUGUUCUCAUAUGGUCUUGUUUCAACAGAAAUGCGCUUUGACUGUUCAGAAGCAGACGAAUUUACAUUCUUUCGUUUUCCGAGGACUGUACUCAUUGUUUAAAAAAAAACAAUGUUCUUACGUGAGUAUAGAACCCGUUGAAAACAAAAUUCUAUGAAAAGCAAGGUAAAUUGGGUCUGAGGAGAGUUUGACGCGUUAGGAUGAAGUCUUCCAAAUAGCUCGUCGGACCUAAUACCUCUUUCUUAAUUUACUCUAUGAGUUUAGAAAGAGAAUAAACUAAAGUGUUAAAUAAAUAAUGUCUUCAAUAUCGGGAAGAUAAAAGUUGCUGUUAGUGCAUCCUCUCAAAAAAGUGUAACGGCAAGUCUUAUGAAAUAGCUAUAACAUAGUUCUAAUUCAAAUCUGUUCUUCUACUUGCUAAUAGCACUUAACUGUUGGAUGUAAUCCAAUAUUAAGAUUCGCCUGCUUGUGAGACUUUAGCAACAUUAUUCAUACAGGUAAAACUGCUUUUAUGCUCAUUAAUUUAUUAUUCUUAAUGUGAAUAUAUAAAUGAAAAAAAAAGGGUUUGUUUUGAAGCAAAAGCACGAGAAAGUAUUCUCCUCCAAAACACACUAAAUUUGAUAAAAGUAUUUCAGGGAAGGAUACGCGUCUUAUAGUUAUACCUAGUUAUACCUAAAUAAUACUUGAUCGGAUUUUUGAAAUUUACUAUACAUAUAUAUUAAGGGUAUUGGAAGCUCAACACGAAUCAGGGAAAAAACAAAGUAUCUGAGUUCUUAGACUAGAUUUUGUUGUUGCUCUCUACUUUUACUUCUUUCUUUUUUAGAUAUUUAAAAAGUUAAAAAAAAAAAAAAAAAAACAACAACAACAAAAUGGGGUUCAAAACGAAACAAAAGGAUUUUACAGAAGAAGAUUUGGAACAAAUACCUUGCCCUCUUGAUCCCAAACACACUAUCGCGAGACAUCGAAUGAAUUAUCAUUUAAAACGAUGCAAUGCACGACCUAUUCAAAGAACGGAUCCGUACUAUUGUCAGGAUCUGAACGUGGAACCUGUUGAUGAUGACUCGAAGCAAUACCAGUUCGAACUCUCUCAGCUUCCAAAAGAGGAAAUUCAUUCGUGGAUUGAACUGUUCAUGCGUGUUGGUAAUGUCCUUCCCUCCCCUGAUACUGAAGUACUUUUUCAUCCUAUAAUGCAUACUAGAUGGAAUGAGUGCGGAAAUAAGAAGCAUGCUGUUCAACAGGCUUCUUUAUUAGGUCAUAUGGAAAAGUCAUCAUUCUUUGAGUCUCCGGAAAGCGUUUAUUUCGAAUUUGGGGCGGGCCGUGGUGAGCUGUCUCGUUAUGUGCAUCACUGUCGGCCCAAUCGUAAUGUCUAUAUUCUGAUUGACCGGGAUUCCAACAGACUAAAGCACGACUCAAGGAUAAUUAAAGACUCUGAAACUAAUGGAUGGUCAAUUCCUGAAGUGAUUCGCUGUAAAAUUGAUAUUAAAGAUUUCAAAAUUCAGUACUUCGUGGAUCAGAAAGUAGAAAGUAACACCGGGAUUCAGAAACCGCAGUUUGUGUACUCCAAGCAUUUGUGUGGUGCUGCUACAGACCUUACGUUGAAUUGUAUAAGGAAGGCUCCUCCUAAUGCUGUUUUAAUUGCUUUAUGCUGUCAUCAUCACUGCCGAUGGGAAGCUCUAUCUUCCUAUUCUCGUAAUCAAUUAGAAAAAUGGGGAAUUCACGGAGUCAAAGCCUUUCAAGUACUCCGUCAGAUGACAGGUUGGGGUAUAAAUAGUCUUCGAGAACGCAUGCAUGCUUCAGGUGGUGCUGACACCCAUUACAGCGGCUUGACGCAUGAGGAGCGUGUUCAAAUAGGAUUAAAAUGUAAACAUAUCAUUAAUACUCUUCGAAAGAUUGAAUGUGAGCAAAUGGGUUACAACGCGCGCCUUGUAUACUAUGUGAAUCCAGAUGUUACAUUGGAGAAUGUCGCUCUUUUGGCAAAAAAUAAGUAAAAAAAAUGCAAAUAGAAUUAAAAUAAGGGAGGUUGGUGUCUUUUUUGUGUUUGUUUAGUUUUGAUUAACCGAAAGCAACACAUGUUAUUCAAACGAAAUAUAUCAUUGUUCUUUGAAUUGAAACACUAUGAGUUGGUAAUUAAAUUUGAAAUAUACGGAAAAGAAGAAGAAAAUGGAGA